AUGUCAAGCACGAACUUCCGCCUUGAAUCAUUUCGUGCAUGGAAUCCUCCACAAGCUAGAACUCGGCCUCUGCGCGAACCUGCAGGGACUUGUCGCUACCCAAGUCCAGUCUCAAUCACUGCCACCCCGCCGCCCUUGAACUCGAACAAACCAGGCGUAAGGCGCACCGAAAUUGACUUCCACAAAUCCGAACGACAUCCCCUACCCUCCCGCCCGCCGGUGGAAGCCUGUUUGGAGGGUUUAUAUUUAGAAACUCCAAUUACUCGACGCGAGUCGGCGAGCUUAGGCCGAACACCUUCAACUAUCCAUUACCCCGAGUCUGCGAAUUCCGAGAUCGUUACGCAACCACAAAAUAUAGUGGACGUUGAUGACCUCGCCUCUAUAAGAUCGACCGACAAUAUUGACCAGGAAGCUGAUCAUCAAUUCCUCAGCUUCGGAUGGGACGACUCAGAACUCGCCGACUUUGCCCGCCAGGAACCUCAAGCUGCCGAUUCCGAACGCCAUGCUCAGCAGACUGAACAGCUUCUGAAUAUCGAAGCAAUCGAUCCCGCAGUCUUGAUGAGUCAUGAUCCUCCGGGUACUGAGCAGGCCCAAACAACGGAGAGUAUUCAUGCCACUGCAACAUAUCUGGAAGGUUGUCCCGCGACGCCCAGUCGUUCUCAGAGCCAAGCCUCACCUCCUCAACGUAUACGACAAAAGUCAAAGGAGAUGAUGGGAAUUGAAUGCCAGUCAAGAACAAUAAAUUCCUCAGGUGUGAGGAAAAUGCAUACGAAAAGGAGCUCCGGUCGAUCCAACAAGACUUCUGGUAAUCGUCAGAGCAUUUCUUUCUUGAAGGUCUGCGAUCAGUUCUCUGAACUUUCAGUUGAAGACCGUGUACAGUUUCUGUCCUGGCUUUUUGAGGGCGCUUUGUCUUAUUGUGCUUCUACACCCUUGAGCGCCGGUGCCGCUUCUCCCUUGAGACACCUCCCAAGCCAAUGUGAUGGCAUGACUUCCGACUCCGAACACAGAACCUUGAAUACUGAAUUGGUUGAAAUGCAGUAUACCUCUUCAAGAAAAGGACUACCGUGGUCUCUGCAGGAAGACCGUCUUUUGGUGCAACUAAGAGAUGAGCAAAACCUCCCUUGGUCGGAGGUGGCCAAACAAUUUUCACAAAAGUUCCCUGGGCGAAGCAAGGGGUCUAUACAAGUUUAUUGGAGCACAUCACACAAGAAGAGAUGA